AAUAUAUAUCUGUGUGUAUAUUUAAGCCGUGUAUUUACUCUCUUCAAGCAUGUUUUGGCACAAAAAAGAAGCACCAAAACAUGGAUCAAACGGAGUCCCAAUCAGGUCACAAGUGGGAAGGCAAGGUCUCUACCAGAGUCGCAAAGGCCAGUGCAGACCAGAUCUGGCCACUCUUCGUGGAUUUCUUCAAUCUCCACAAAUGGUUCCCAGGCCUAUCCGAUUGCUAUGGCAUCCACGGCAAGAACGGCGAGCCCGGUUGCGUGCGAUAUUGUGCCGGCUUCUCCAUUUCGUCCGAAGGCACAAGUGACCCCGGCGAGAAUCGCCCCAUCAAGUGGUCCAAGGAGCGACUCGUCGGUGUAGAUCCGCUCGGACGAAGCUUAAACUACGAGAUGGUCGACUCUAACAACGGGUUCACUUCAUAUGCGUCGACAGUCAGAGUCAUCCCUGGUGACGGAGACGGCGAAGGCGGGUGCACGAUCGAAUGGUCAUUCACCGUAGACCCGGUGGAAGGGUGGGUGCUGGAAGAUUUGGUGAGGAAAUAUGAGGUGGGGUUGCAAGGCAUGGGCAGGAAGAUGGAGGAUUCCAUCUCUGUGAUGUGACGCAAAGUCUUGCUUAGCUUGUUUUUUCUUCAGGCGCGUCGUUUUCAUGUGAAGGCAAUUAUUCAUGUAAGAGAGGAGUGCGGUGUUUGUGGUCCGGUCGUGCUCGUAUUUUCAUCGGUAAAGUGGACCACACAGCCUUGAAAGCUCCGACAAGUGCAAUUGCAUUCGAGGUUCAGGCAAUCAAAAUUUCUUACGACGAUUGUAGGAGAUUGAAACAUCGUAUUUGCGUGGCUUAUUUCAAUCGUUUCUCUGUCGCCAUCAUCGACUGUCGACGGUGCUAGACGCCAUAGAUGGGCCUCCGUCCACUACGGCCGCCAAUACCUGCAUCGGCCCUCUCAUCAAGCCGCAUCGUAGUCAUCAAAGCAAACUCCAAUUUUAAAGGUCUUUUGAGCUGGGAAAAGAGGAAACGAACUUCUUCAAAACCCUUUUCCUUUAAUCAAAUCAAACCGGUAAGUGAACAGUCGAGAGCACAAAGCCAAAACCUAUCAAUAGCGUGGUGGACCCAUCGAUGAUAGAAAGAUAUCAGCAGAUGGAAUGGGACUGGAGCACCCAUCGCGAUGCUCCGAUCUGAUCAUCCUCCACCUCUUCCUGUCCAAAACCCAUUCGAAGUUGAAAAGUACGUCCGAUAUUAUUUCCAAAUUGAAUUGUCCCAAUUAUUUAUCUGUAUCUCAAGGGAGCUUGACUUUCAA